CUCUCUAAGGCCCCGGGGCCCCGACCGAGCCGCUCGCAGCCAAUGGGCGCGGCGGAGCGGCUCGAGCGCGCUGACGCGGCGCCAAUGGGCGCGCGGGGGCGGGGCCGGCGGCGGAGACACUAUUGUUGAUGAGGAGGAGCGGCGGCGGCGGCUGCAGCACCUCGCUCCGCGCCGCGGCCCGCGCGCCCCAGGUUCCGGCCUCCGCGCCCCGCCGCCAGCGCCUCCCCCUGCCCCCCGCCUCGCCCCCGUCCCGCGCGGCCCCCGGGGAGGGGCCAUGUCCCAGCGGGUGAGGCGCAAUGGGUCCCCCACGCCGGCCGGCUCCCUGGGGGGCGGCGCGGUCGCCGCGGCCGGGGGCGCCGGGAGCCGCCUGCAGCCCAUGCGGGCGACGGUCCCGUUCCAGCUGAAGCAGCAGCAGCAGCAACAUGGCAGCCCCACGCGGAGCAGCAGCAGCGGCGGCGGCGGCGGCGGCAACAACGGCGGCAGCGCGUCGGGCCCCGCGGGCGGCGGCGGGGUCGGCCCGCGCACCGCGUCGCGCAGUGACAAGACGCGGCCGCCUUCCUCAAGCCCCUCCAGUAUUAUCCGCCGCACCUCCUCUCUCGAUACCCUCGCGGCUCCGUACCUUGCAGGGCACUGGCCUCGUGACAGUCAUGGGCAAGCUGCUCCUUGUAUGAGGGACAAGGCCACACAGACAGAGAGUGCGUGGGCUGAAGAAUACUCUGAAAAGAAGAAAGGGUCUCACAAGCGGUCAGCGUCCUGGGGCAGUACAGAUCAGCUGAAGGAGAUUGCAAAACUACGCCAGCAAUUGCAGAGAAGUAAACACAGCAGUCGGCAUCAUCGAGAUAAAGACAGACAGUCUCCAUUCCACGGCAACCACGCGGCUAUUAACCAGUGUCAGGCUCCUGUUCCAAAGAGUGCACUUAUUCCAGUGAUCCCCAUCGCCAAAUCUACAGGCUCCCGGUUCCGGAAUAGUGUGGAAGGACUGAAUCAGGAGAUCGAAAUAAUAAUUAAAGAGACCGGGGAGAAGGAGGAGCAGCUCGUACCACAAGAUAUUCCCGAUGGCCAUCGUGCACCUCCUCCCCUGGCUCAGAGAAGCAGCAGCACACGGAGCAUCGACACGCAGACCCCCGGUGGGGCGGACAGGGGAAGCAACAACAGCAGCCGCUGCCAGUCUGUGUCCCCCACGUCAUUCCUCACCAUCUCCAACGAGGGCAGCGAGGAGAGCCCUUGUUCAGCUGACGACCUGCUCGUGGAUCCCAGGGAUAAAGAGAACGGAAACAACUCUCCUUUGCCCAAAUAUGCAACCUCACCAAAACCUAACAACAGUUAUAUGUUCAAAAGGGAACCUCCUGAGGGCUGUGAAAGGGUCAAAGUCUUUGAGGAAUGCUCGCCAAAACAGCUCCACGAAAUCCCAGCCUUUUACUGUCCUGACAAAAACAAGGUGAAUUUCAUUCCUAAAAGUGGCUCUGCUUUCUGCCUCGUCAGCAUCCUCAAGCCGCUCCUCCCCACGCCAGAUCUUACCCUCAAGGGCUCUGGUCACAGUCUGACAGUCACUACUGGCAUGACAACCACUCUGCUGCAGCCUAUCGCUGUGGCCUCCCUGUCUACAAACACAGAGCAAGACCGAGUCUCUCGAGGAACGAGUACAGUCCUGCCCUCGGCCUCUCUGCUCCCGCCGCCAGAACCCAUUGAGGAAGCUGAAGGGUAGGGCCCCGGGCUGCCGGCCCUUGUUCUGGGCCAUGGAGAACCUCAGAUCGCCCGACUCUGAUGGCAUCGUGCACUCCCAGUUGGCUGCCACGUGCUCCAGCUUCCAGGGAUACGUCGUGGGACGGCUCCUGGAGGAAGGCCGCCCCUCUGAUGGCCCUGCUCGCUCGUGAAGCCCAGCCCUUGUGCUUGGCCUGCUGCUUCGCAAACGCUGCCUGGAACAGGACGGGUCUCGUUCUUUACUUUUGGACGACCGAUGUCACAUUGUUUUAUGUUUUCAAAUUAAACUUCUUUAAAACAAAAAACUGAUCCCUGCAAACAUGAUUCCUGAGGGGAGAUGUGAAUGAUGCUGCAAGAACCAUCUUUUAUAUCAAAACAACUAUUUUAUAAUAACCAAUGUUACAUUUUCUGAAACGUAGCAAACAGGAUGUUCACAGGAUUCCUUGGUGGCCUCUGUUUCUUGUUUCCCUUUCUAGAUGUGUGUUUUUCUCAGCUGUUUUCAGCUUUGGGACCAAAGGGAUUGUUGACGUUUUCCCAGCAAUCUUAAUGUCACGACUAGGUUCUUCUCCCAGACAAGAAUUGAUAGGGAAAUGCAUUGAACAAGUAUAUACAAAAAGAGAUAAAAAGCAAUAUUAGUACAUUAUGUGAUUUAUGUUUUUUGAUGUCAGAAGUUUGUGCUUUGGGUGAGAUAUUUGUAAAACUGCUGUUUUCCUCACUUCUCCUGUGCACAUCUCACCGUGUGGUCAGAACAAUCACAGCCCGGAGACUAGUGCUUUACUGUGCUCUCACCCAUCUUCAGAACUUGGUUUAAAGGUCAGUAAACUGAAAGGAGACUGCCCCGUGUUGACUGCUAGCCAGUAGUGAGGACCCCUUUGGUUUUCUGAGAGACAUUUCUCACACGGUCUCCCUUCUUUACCACAGGUGUCCUUCUACCUUUAAGCAUCACUGUAUCAUAGUCCCAAGAGAUCCUGAAAUGACUGUGCAUGGAUUUCCUCCUUUGCUUUUGUGAUGUUGUCGUCUUGUGGUUUUGGUCAGGGUUAGUCGUUUGCCAGGAGUGUAAUCCAUUGACUAGCAACCCCUCGUCACAGAAUCUUGUGACUGACGUUUUCUUUAUGGUGGUUGCACUGAGAUCUGUUGCUUAAAGAUUUUGCUAAUUUUCCCUCCAGUGUUACUCCCAUAGUAGGGAAAACAGGCAAGAACUUUGGAGCAUAAAUAACAGGAACUUUUGAAAAACCCAUACAAUUUUGGAUUUAGGCUCAACCUAGUAAGGUCACUGCCAGUAUCACAUGACAGCAGUAUUUCAUGUCUGGAUAUGUGGUAGUGAAAUUAAGAAACAGCUCUUUGUAAAAAUGAGUUUCAGCAAACAGUUAUUAAAAAGCAUCCUUCUAAGAUCUUCGUAUAUGACCUUAUGAUGCAAUAAUUUAAUGUUCCUAUACAUAUUAGAGGGAGGGAAAAUUUAAAUACCUGUAAAAGGGGUACAGUUUAGAAGGUUACUAAGUCGAUUUGUCCAGACAUAUCCCAUCAGAGAAAGCCCAGUGCUAGCAAUACGUCUUCUGGAAGGACUUCUUAGACACCCUGAAAACAUCUAAGAAAUUAAAAAUAUGCCCAGUUAAGUUUGAAAUGGAGACGUAUGUAGGCAAAUUGGACACAUUCACACAUGUGAGUAAGCCUGCCAGGUUUCUGUUUGUAGAACUGAUGCAUUUUGGCACCCUUUCCAGCCAAAAUGAAUUUACUUGGAAUUAUUAGUGCAUUGUGGCUUCUAAAUCAGUAAAAAGCUCAGUUUUCAGGCUCUAAGUUUUCUGGUUGGUUGGUUUUUUGGAGAACCUUGGUUCUUUGCCUUCUUUGUUACGCCUUUUGGCUUCACCGCCUCACCACUGCGGACUGCUGUCAGAAGUCUCGAAGGAAAGGGCAGGCACACAGCCGGUGAGCUGGUGCGAAUGGCAGGAGGAGGAAGUUAAAAAUGACGUUUAUAAAAACCCUCAGUUUUGGGGUCACCUAAGUUCUGUUAAAUCUGUGUUCUUCUCCUUGCCUUAUGCUUGCUUGCUUCUCUCUGUCCCUACCAGUCACGAGGGUAUUUUACAACUGGAAUGCCGCUUCAUAAACAGUUUUUCCUUUGACUCUGUUGGCACAUUUGUCUGAUUCACAUCAUAUAUCCUUAAUCUAAAGUACUUUAAAAUUGGAAUGGGAGAACAAGUUUAAAAUUCAUUAUUUACAUAGUCUUAUACGCGGAACUUCUAAUGUUGAGUUGUCAGGAGAAUGUGAAUUUGCAGGUAAAUGAAUUGUAUGGCAACCAAACGUAUCGCAGCUUUGGGAGAAACAGAGCCUGAGAGUGAAGAGGAAGAGGUACAAGGUGCAGACAGCUCUGCCAGGGCCCCAGGGCUAAUUUGUAAGCAUCCAAGCUUCGCAGUCUUGAAAGGAUGUAACCGUAGGUCCAUUCAGCUCUUUCGUUUAACCCGUUGUUCACAGGUGUUUUUUUUUCUUUUAAAUGGGUCUCCCCUCAAUAGAAUACAUAAUAUUGUUUUCUAAAAUCACAGUCCAUAAUUAUCUUGUUGUUCUGUAGGAAACUGUACAGAAGGUAAAUAAAUUAGAAUAGCUUCGAUGGGGAUAUAAUUUAAAAUUUAAAAAAUUUUAAAUAAAUGUACUUCAUUGCAGUAAAAGAGAGAAAUAGGUGGCAUGUCUGUUUUGGCAAAAGGAGCUAUUCUCUGGUCAUUUACUUUGUCAGUCUUGUUACUUUUUACCCUUAAACAAUUUCUUCUUUGAGGUGAUAAAAAUAUAUAAAUUUACUCUUUCUGUUCAUGACUAAGUCUAUUACUUGUCAUGGCUUUUGUGAGCAAUUAUUUUCAAAAAAUGUUUUGCCUCUUUGAUUAAGAUGGUGAGCAUGGAUGCCAGAAUUAUUUUUUUAACUAGAUUCUCCAUUUUGUUUAAAAUAUUUCUUGUAAUAAGCUGAGUCAGCCUUCUGGAAGGUGCUGUUGGCAGCUGUGGGAUAAUUGGCAAUGAGAAGCGCUUUUUUUCUUUCUAAUGGUUGACUUUUACUGGAGGAAGGUAUAAAAAAUGGCAGAAUUUGUAGCCUUCUAAGUCCAAGAUUAGGACUGGGUUGUCAAGAUUUUCUUUUGUUAAAGGAAAUAAAAGAAAAAUUGACAUUACAGAAUUUACUAUUUCUAAACUUAAGAAUCAUUCCUUAAUGCUUGGAAUUUUGAUGUCUGAAAACUGGACCAGUGGAAGUGCUGAAGAUGCGUUAGAAAGCUGAGAGGACUGAACUCCGCCCUUUAAGGUUGAAGUUUGACUCUGCCUAAAUCAGUGAUAAGCAGAGCAGCCCUGAACAAUACUUUGUUUAUACAGUCCUGUUGAAGAAUAUAAUUUAUGUUUUUUAAAAAGUCUGUGUGGUUCAUCUCUGUUGAAGCUGUGUAAAUCUUUUUAAAAUGCAAUUAUUUUUAAUUUUGUUUUUCUAACAAAAUUCUCCCAAAAAGCAGCAUUUCCAAUGGUGAUAAAUAUUGUUACUGUAUACUUCUGUAUUCCCUGGAUCUGAACACUUGUUGCUGCCUCACAAGAAAAUAGAACUUUCAUGUUAAAAAUAAAGUCUGUUCUUCUUGAGGGUA